CCGUUCUUCGGCCAGGUGGUUUUUCGCACCGCUGCCCGCCGCCAUACCCCUCCGCCGAGAGAGGCUGGGCCCUACGACAUGGCGCCCGCGCCGCGGACCGUGGCGCGCGGCAAGCCGCCGCGCCGUCGCGCCCAGGCCGGCAUCGCGGCGGCCGCGGCCGCGCUGUGCAUCGCCAUGACGCGCCCCGGCGCGACCUUCGCCGCCGGCCCGGCGGGCCAGCACGGCGGUCUUGGCAAGCCUGGCCUGACCUGA